CGUUUGCACCUAUUGUUUAUUUAUACUUAUCUGGUCUAACAGUAGGUGGUGAAAUUGAAUUUCGUGGGGCUACGCGAGUGGAAAAAAAAAAAAAAAAAAAUUGUUUUUUUACGAAUGAUACGAAAGAUUUGGGUGCUGGGUGAUACAAAAAAUUAUUAAUAAUCAUUCGCGAGUGUGGAGAAACAGCCUCGAAGGGGGUGAAAUGAAAUUUUAAAAAACGAGUGCUCGUGUUAAAAGUGUCGACGAUGACGUUGAUUUUUUACAAGUAAGAAUCAGGGAAGAAAAAAAGUGCGUGAUCUCGUGAGAGAGGGAGAAUAGCAGAGGGUGGAAUUUUUUUUCAAUUGAAAAAAAAAAAAAAAAAAUUUUUUUUUUGUCCAACAAAAGCUCCUUCAAUUGCACGGACACUUACGUAUCGCUCCUGUGGUGCCAGUGUAGGCUGUGCGUUUUCGACGAUCGUCGCGUGCAUCAGGGCACACACAGGUAGAAGAGCUUGCGGAGGUCGAUCGCCACCAGUGGGCUGUCGAGGGGGUAGGUCAUAGUGCCGGGGAAGAAGAACCAGCCCGAGGCGGAAUAAUCGAGCUGUGCAGGCGAGUGGCGCGGGGGCUUUUAUCGGUGCGAGCACGCGAAGCCCCCCGCAUGAUAUCUUAUCUGGUGCAGUUAUUCGUCCUUCUCUCGGCCGUCGUUUGUGCUUCUGCUGACGUUGUGGGUGCUGAAUCGCUGGCCGUUGCUGUUGCUGUCACGGCACCAAACCCACACGUCUGUUGCAAAGGGGCGGUUAUGAGAGUCCGAUGAUUGCCGGCUACCGUACGAAGAAGACGAGCAUCACCAUGGAUCGCGCGCUACCGUCUGCCACUGCAAUCCCGAGCGCGAGGAAUUGCCUCGUUCUUCUCUCGCUCCUGUGCUCACUUCUGUUGCACCGCGUCGCUGCCAGCGUCAUAGACAUGUCACAAUGCACCGCAGCCCUGGGAAUGGCGUCGGGGGCGAUCCCUGACUCUGACAUCACUGCCAGCUCCAGCUUCGAUAGCGGCAACGUUGGCCCUCAUCACGGACGGUUGAAUCAGGAGAGCUUUGGCGGCGCCUGGUGUCCAAGGCCGCAAAUAAAGACGGAUUCCAGCGAGUGGAUUCAGAUAGACUUGCACAAGGUGCACGUGAUCACCGCCACUGGGAUCCAGGGACGCUUUGGGAAUGGCCAGGGCGCCGAGUAUGCCGAGGCGUACUGGCUCGAGUACUGGCGACCCUCCCUCGGCAAGUGGGUGCGCUACAAGAAUCCUGGGGGAGAAGAGCUGAUAACCGGCAACACAAACACCUACCUGGAGUCGAAGCACACGCUCGAGCCGGCGAUCUGGGCGAGCCGGGUGCGCUUCCUGCCGUACAGCUACCACACGCGUACGGUGUGCAUGCGGGUCGAGUUGUACGGGUGUCCGUGGAACGACGGCAUAGUGUCGUACUCGAUGCCCCAGGGGGAGAAGCGCGGAGGCUCGGAUUUCUUCGACGCCGCGUACGACGGUUACUGGAGCGACGGGCUCAGGCGGGGACUCGGCCAAUUGACCGACGGAGUCACCGGUCCGGAUAACAUCAAGAAGAACUGGGUGGGCUGGAGGAACGACACGAGGCACGGACAGCCGCUCGAGAUAACCUUCGAGUUCGAUCACGUGCGCGAGUUCUCGGCCGUCAACAUUUACUGCGCCAAUCAGUUCACCAAUCAUGUCCAGGUUUUCUCGGAGGUGAACAUACUUUUCAGCAUCGGUGGGAAGUACUACACUGGGGAUCCUAUAGUGUACGAGACGCCCGAGGACAAGAUAUUCGAGUACUCGCGCGCCAUAUCGAUAAACCUGCACCACCGCAUCGGCAAGUUCGUGAAGCUGCGCUUCAGCUUCGCUGCUCGUUGGCUCAUGAUCAGCGAGAUCGUCUUCGACUCGGACGUGGCCCACGGCAACUUCUCCCUCGAGUCCGCACCGUCUACCGAGGCGCCGCUGUCCCGCGAGCGUGGCUCCCCGCGCGAGAUCCACCACCAGAUCCCGGUGUCCACGGCGAAGCAGGACGACGCGACGUACAUGGCCGUGAUAAUCGGGGUCCUCACGGCGGUGAUCCUCCUGCUGGCGGUGGCCAUGUUCCUGAUAGUCUCGCACCACCGGCAGCGCAAGAACUUUGCGAGCUCGCUCGGGGCCAAGUCGGCCAUACCGGCCGGGGCACACCAACACCUGGCGAACGAGUCGGCCUACGGCACGUCCGAGAAGGACCCGUCCCUCAUGACGUACAGGGUCGAGGAUCUGGACGACAGGUACGCAGCCGGUAAACUGACGACCCUGCCGCGCGAGCUCAACGACAGGCUGCUCGGGGACGUGCGACUCGACGAUUACCAGGAGCCCUUCCACGAGCACGCCCCGAGCAACAAUUACAGGGAACCAGUGCACGCUCCCUACUACGGCUACAGCACCGUCGUCAUCGACAACAAGGACCUUCACGACAGCGUCAACCAGUCGGAUGCAACUUACGAUUACGCAGUACCAAUGCCAGUGCCUAGUGCGAGCAGUGACCAAGACAGCAUAUUCUCAAAGUCGUCGAGAGGCAGCGCCAAGGCCUGCUUGCAGAGCUUCUUCCCGCCACCCCCACCACCGAUGAGCGCACCCCCAUCGCGACUCGGUGCCAACAAUCUGACGUACUCGAGCCCACCGAGUCCAGAUCUGAUGUGCGAGCGGGGCAGACAGGGCAACAAACGCCCGCGCGACCACUCGUUACACCGGUACGCAUGAGACCAGCAGCAGCAGCAGCAGCAGCAGCAACAGCGACGGUACAAUCGAUGGCCCAGGAGGACGACCACUCCCUCCUCGGCCUCCACCCUACUCUACACGCGCGCUUACGUGAGUAGCACCUACGGCGACAUGCUGUAAAGUGCCCAUAUAUAUACAUAUUGUCAUGUGUGCACGAAUGACCGAGCGAGCUUGUUACACGCGUAAGAGUGUCUCGUGUACACGAGGACGCUCUUGCUCUUGCGAGGUGGAUGCAUCAUUUUUAUACUACUGCCUUCAAUGAGGAAUGAACAAAAAAAUAUACCAAUGAUGUGUGGACACCCGGCACUUUUGCAUCGAUUACAACGAAUACCCUUAGACGAUUCACGAUCGGGAAUGUCCUUCCAGUAUUUCUUUUUUUUAUCCUCGGGCCCAAGGACUCAUUCGAUACGAUCGCGAUGGUGAUACACGCUACUCGAAACGAUAAGCAUAUCAGUCAUGAUACGUGCAUCUUUUUUUUUUUUAUUCCCAACA